CUUCAUAAGUAACUUAUAUUCACAGCUUUAGUAUUGUUUGGAGCUGAGAGAGAAAGAGAGAAGAGAGACAGAGACAGAGGAAUAUGAAUAAUUCUGUGGUUGCAUUGCUUCUUCUACUUUCUUGCAUCAUUCUUCCAGCUUUGGUUGACUGCAGAGUCCGAAACUACAAAUUCCAUGUUGUAUCAAAGAAUGUGACGAGGCUGUGUUCAAGCAAGCCCAUCGUGACCGUCAAUGGCAAGUUUCCGGGACCCACACUCUACGCCAGAGAAGGCGAUCAUGUUCUUGUCAAAGUGGUCAACCUCGUCAACUACAACGUUUCUAUCCACUGGCAUGGUGUCCGGCAACUGCGAACCGGCUGGGCGGACGGGCCGGCAUAUAUCACACAGUGUCCAAUUCUGCCAGGGCAAAGCUAUGUGUACAACUUCACUAUAAUUGGGCAAAGAGGGACGCUUCUGUGGCAUGGACACAUCAACUGGCUCAGGGCAACAGUGCAUGGAGCCAUAGUUAUAUUGCCAAAGCGUGGGGUGCCUUAUCCCUUCCCAAAACCAGAUGAUGAAAAGGUUUUGGUGUUAGGAGAAUGGUGGAAAUCUGAUACUGAGGCUGUCAUCAAUGAAGCUAUGAAGUCAGGAGUGGCUCCAAAUGUCUCUGAUGCUCACACCAUCAAUGGCCUUCCAGGCACUGUUGCCAAUUGUUCUACCCAAGAAGUAUUCAACCUGGGGGUAGAAAGUGGGAAGACAUAUUUGUUAAGGAUCAUCAAUGCUGCACUCAAUGAGGAACUCUUCUUCAAGAUCGCCGGCCACAACGUCACCGUCGUGGAAGUUGACGCCACCUACGUCAAGCCGUUCACCACCGACACCAUCAUCAUUGCUCCGGGCCAAACCACCAACGUCCUCCUAAACACACACCAGAAAUCUGGAAAAUACUUAAUCGCAGCUUCUACUUUCAUGGACGCUCCUGUAACUAUAGAUAACCAAACAGCCACAGCCACACUUCACUACACAGGCGGCACCACCACUCUCUCCGACGACUCCCCGAUGGUUCUCACCACCACUCCUCCCAAAAAUGCCACUCAAAUAGCCGAUCAGUUCAUCAACUCUCUCAAAAGCCUGAAUUCCCCAAAAUACCCAGCAAAAGUUCCACUGGAAAUUGACCAUUCACUGUUCUUCACGGUGGGCUUAGGGGUCAACCCUUGCCCUACCUGCAAAGCAGGGAAUGGAAGUAGGGUUGUGGCGGCUGUGAAUAAUGUGACAUUUGUGAUGCCAAACACGGCCUUGCUUCAGGCUCAUUAUUACAACAUCAAGGGCGUAUUUACCACAGAUUUUCCUGCCAAUCCACCUCAUGUGUAUAACUAUACUGCGAACAUAACUAAGAAUAUACAGACCCAGAAUGGGACAAAGCUUUAUAGGGUACCCUACAAUUCGACGAUUCAGGUGGUGUUACAGGACACAGGCGUGAUCGCACCUGAGAGCCAUCCGAUUCAUCUUCACGGGUUCAAUUUCUUUGUGGUGGGGAGAGGAGUAGGGAAUUAUGACCCCAAGGAAGAUCCCAAGAAAUUUAACCUUGAAGAUCCUGUGGAGAGAAACACAAUUGGAGUGCCUACUGGUGGCUGGACUGCUCUUAGGUUCACAGCAGAUAAUCCAGGAGUCUGGUUCUUGCACUGCCAUUUUGAGGCGCACACGACAUGGGGAUUAAAGAUGGCAUUUCUGGUGGAUAAUGGGAAAGGACCUAAACAGUCAUUGGUUCCACCACCCAAAGAUCUUCCAAAAUGCUGAUCUGAUCUCUAUAUGUACAUUUGACUUCACUUGAUUAAUCACAUUGUCAUCUACAAAUCCAAGAGAAGGCUCCCUAAUUCAGAAAUGACGAUGUGAGAGAUCAUAUGAAGAUCAGGAAGAGGCAAAAAGGAGAGUGAAUUGAGAAGAUGAGUUGUUUUAAUUGUUUUAAUAAGCAAACAUUGCAGUUGCUUUCCACUUUCUUUUUUCUUUUGGGUGAGUUAGGAAUGGGAUAAUUUCUUGAAGAAACGAUGAAGAAUAAAUUUGAGUUGAAAGAGUGGAGAAUAAUUAAUUUGGUUGCUUUUGUAUACAGUUUUUUUUUUUUUUUUUUACAAUUUUAUCUGGGAAAAUAUACAUUUGUAUCAUCAUCCUCAACAAAAAUGUAUCAUUUCCUUGUUUAAUGAAAUCCAUAUGUUUCUUUUUAUAUUA